AUGUCUUCAAAAUCAGAAGCUAGUAAGAGCAGUGUUGAUCGCAGUUCAGACAAUGUAGAGCAUGCUCUAGGGGAGGAUGCAGCUAUUCCUGAUGGAUCACACCAUGAAGAUCUUUCAAAGCCAAAAGAGAAAUUGAAGAGAAAAAAGAAGCAUAAAAAAUCCUCCUUGAGUCGUUCCAUAUAUUCAAAAGAAAAAAAGAAAGCAAAAUUGUCUGAAUUGUCUGAAUAUGAAGCUGCUAAGCCAGAGUCCUCGAGUUUCACCUCAGUUGACGAGCCCAAUGAACCAACUGAAUUAGAUGAAAGUGAAGUUGGAAAUAAAAGAGGAACUGUCGAAGAAAAUAAGAUUUCGGAACUUAUGCUGCUUAGGUAUACCAACUCAGAGGAGACAAUAAGAAAGAUAUCCACUGAAUGUCUUAUAAACCCUUUGUUACAAAUUCAACCGCAUGCAACUGAAAUGCUUCGAACAGAAUUAGCAGCGUGUGCUGGAAAAGACCCCAACAAAACAAGGAAACGUGAGAAGCUUCCUAUAAGAGGGGGGAAAAAAUUGUCUUCGAUGAACAAACAGAAGGAGCCCUUUGAAAGUUCAGGUUUAGCUCCACCGAAUCAAACUAAGAAAGGGAAAGAAAAAAAAUUUACUUCGAAGAACACACAGAAGGAGCCCUCUGAAAGUUCAGGUUUAGCUUCACCGAAUCAAACUAGAAAAGGGAAAGAACCAGUUACUUCGAUGAACACACAGAAGGAGCCCUUUGAAGCUCCACCGAAUCAAACUACAAAAGGGAAAGAAAAAGUUACUUCGAUGAACACACAGAAGGAGCCCUUUGAAAGUUCAGGUUUAGCUUCACCGGAUCAAACUGCAAAAGGAAAAGAAAAAGUUACUUGGAUGAACACAGUCCUUGACAGUUCAGAAUCAGCUGCACCUACGCAAAGUACAAAAGGGAAAGAGAAGGUACUGAUGAACACAACCCCUAAAUGUUCAGGAUCAUUGAAUAAUCUCUUCGACUUUGAGACAAUUAUGCGCAGUAAACUUGCUGCUGCGGUGAAUGCUGCUUCACCUUGGAAAGAUGUAAAUGUUCAAUGUUCAUCUCCAAUGGAUCGUGCUACUCAGGAAAAAAACAUUUUCAACUCUUCAUCCAAUUUAGAGAAUGGUUUAGCUCAAUAUUCUGCAUCAAAUUAUGGAAAUACUGGCUCUAGAACCUCAAGGACACGUCCAGGGUUUCUAAAUUACAAAGACGUUGAUGAUGAUUGGUCUGAGAUGGAACUUGAGGCUUUGUUGAGUUUUGUUAAAAAGUAUGGUCUAGGUAACUGGCAUGUCAAAUUUGUAGAUCCAGAUUUGCAAAUUAUAAGGAACAAAACUGCAAGAGAAUUAUCUGAGAAGUGGGAAAAGGUGGCUUCUAAAAUGUUACCAUAUAUACCAAGCAGUUACAUGGUUCCAGUGACAGCUGACAGAUCAACACUUCAUGCAUCACAUGGAAAUGGAUUUCACUCAACCGUGAAUCUCCCCACAGUUCAGCCUCCAAGGGCAAAAGUUCCAAUUCAUAGGCCUAGCGCUAGAAUUGGCAUUCCUCCCAUUCAACUUCUUGAGGGUAAUCAAGCUCUCAACUGGGGAAGGAUCAAGCCAUCCUCAAAUGGUACCUUUGGUCCUUACUUUCAAGGGUCUUCAACGGGAGCUUUUCAUUCACUUCCCCCCUUGAAUAGUGCUCGUCCAAGGGAACUGAAUACCAACUUCAACACAAUGAAUGCACAACUUAUGGCUCAAUUUCACAAUGAGAGGUCUAAUCUGUUAGCUCAAAACUUUAGGCCUACCAGUGUUCAGACACCACAGAUUCCACCGUUAUCUCUCGGUGAAACAACAGUUUCUUCUCCAGCCAAUGUUGGAACUGAAGCUCGGCCUCAGUUGCUGUUGGGUGGUCAAAUCCUUUAUCCGAACAACUUGAGGCUGAACGAAAAUGCUGGUUAUCAUCAUGACAAUGACAAUAGAAAAUGAAAUCCUUUUCGGAUUGAAGAAGGUAAAGGUUAUUUUCACAAAAACCUGGUCUGCACCUUUACCUGACAGCUGCAUGUUUAAUAUCAGAAGGUUUCUGACUUCAAUAUUCUAAGUGUGUCUUUGUUCUUUAGUUUCCCAAAAAUUUGGAAGGUGAACAGUGCUAUAUUUGGUACAAAUUAUAGUACGCAGCCUUAGGUCAAACUCAUAGUUACUUUAAUCUAUUUCUAUUUGUGUGGUAGUUGUUUCAAUUACA